UGUAAAUGCAUACAUAGUAUCUAAAGCUUCUAUCAAAUAUUGAACAUGAUUUUAAAGAACAAUAAUUUGCGGUGUACCAGCAAGAGUUUUAAUAGAAUAAAAGCGGUAGUUUUUAGAUAGCGGCAGAUUCUCUCACAGUUUUGAAUUAGUGAUUAUACUGAGCUAUGACGUCACUUCCGCGUUCACGACGUUGCCAGAUCGACCAUUGUUUCGUUCGCGAAAGCAAAAACUGCUGGCGGAGUGUGUCGUGCCCGUCGUGCUUAUACUCGUGCUCGUACUUGUACUCGUGAUUCGUCCGAAUUUGUUGAAAGUUAGCUGUAGUGUAUUGCAAAGAGACGAAUUAUGACAAAGUCGGUAAAAAGUAUGGAGCGAUUGCCUUGGGCAUUCGUUAAAUAGCACGGAGUAUCGUAUGGAUACCAGGCGGCCAGUCAACAUUCCCAAGUAAAUCUCAUAGAGUUUUCUCGACAUAGUGUCCUAGCAAAUCCAACAACGAGUCCCUUAUUACAGAGAGAUUAUUAGCUGAGUGCAUUGAACACAUCUUUAAAUACAGAAAAUUGAAAGAGAAAGAACAGUGAGAAAAAAAAACAUAUAGUAAUAUGCAGCGGAUAUGGUUUAUAGAGAACAAAGAGGAGAAGGAAUCCAAACAACUAGAGGUGCCACGUGAGACUUGCUCCAUCGAGGUGGAAGCAGAACAAACAUCAGACAUGAGGGGUUCUAAAAGAGACUGGAUUUUUAGAGUCCAGGUACAUAAGUUAGAAAAAAACGAAGUUUUGUACGUUGUGGGUAAUUUGCCUGAACUGGGUUCUUGGAAUCACAACCAAGCAUUUCAAUUAACGCAAGAACACGACAGCCGGGAUUCUCCUGUACUUAUUGAUAGCAAUAGUAGUGGCGAAUUUUAUAAUGACGAUGUACAUGACAAUGCUGGGAAUUUUUUUGGUGAAGACGAUGACGAAGGUGGACAAAUAUUUUCGCAAAAAGUUCAACUUCCCAUUGACGUUGACAUAGAAUUCCGGUACUUUGUUGCUGUCAUCUGUCAAUUGAAUGGUACUAAAAACUCGGCCAAGACUCUCAUCGUUCGCAGAUGGGAGACUCAUAUGGCACCGCGCCUUAUCAAGAAGAACACACCUAGUAAUUUUGCUGGUGAUACAUUGCCAGAUCCUGACAGAUUCGGAUAUUAUAAUCGCUAUUGCAAGAUCGAACGCGGCUGGUUGACCGAUGAAACUGUGAUACAAUUUAAGCUUUUUAAUAAUCCGAUCAAGCUGUGGAAAAAUCGACUACAGAAUAAAAAAGUUCAUAUUAAAAUGACACCUGUAAAUCUAGUUAGGCACAAUUCCUUAGAAUUGCAACAAUUUGGAGGUGAUUGCGUAGAUGAUAGUCUUUCUAUGGAUACCCAAGAUAUUAUUGAUCAGGCAGCUUUCAGUAUUACAGAAGUUGCGGCAAUGAAUGAUGAAGAAGCUCGUUUCAAGAUACAAGAACAAUUUGGCCGAGCUUACAAUGAAGACGAAUUUGUUAUCUUCAAUGUUGCGGUGCGAUAUCCGGAAACUAUCGCAUACUUAGUGGACUACUACGUGUACAGCUCAAGGUGUUUUCCAGGAGAACCACCUAGUCAUAUCGGUUUCAGCUACAUCUUGCCUAGCACAUUACAAUCUAGUGUCGGACUUUUAACAGUGCCAAUUACAAGCACCAAACAUAGACCAAUUGGGCAACUUACAGUGGAAUAUGUUGUAAUAAAACCAAUUCCGGAUUAUCCAUGGAACAUGAGUAUUUCAUACACGAAACAUUGGGAACAACGGUGGUCUGGCCUGGACGUAGGACACAGAGGAUUGGGCACAUCUUUCCAAACGAAAAACUGUGCUAACGUACGUGAAAAUACAAUAGCUUCUUUAAAGACUGCAUCGUAUCAUGGCGCUGAUAUGGUCGAGUUUGAUGUUCAGCUAUCUAAGGAUCUUAUACCCGUCAUUUAUCACGAUUUUUUUGUAUCUAUUUCGUUGAAACGAAAGAAACAAAUCGAAGCUAUGGACAUGCUGGAAAUUCCUGUUAAGGAUCUUACAUUAGAACAGUUACAUCUGUUAAAGGAUUUUUAUUACCCGGAAGACUCGUUGAGUAAGGUGCUGUAUUUUGUUGAUAAAACUGAACAAGGGGUUGACCCACUGGUUUAUCACGUGGCUGAAGGUCGAGAGAAAAAUCCAAGAUUCUUUGAUGAAGAUCUGGAAGAUCAUCAGCCCUUCCCUACACUUCAAACUGUGCUUCAAGAAUUGGAACAACACGUCGGAUGUAAUAUUGAAAUUAAGUGGACUAUGCAGUUGAAGGACGGCACGUUCGAGCUUAACCAUCCAUUCGAUCUCAACUUGUAUUUAGACACGAUAUUGAAAGUCGUUUUGGAAUACGGAGGCGAUAGAAAAAUUGUUUUCUCGUCGUUUAAUCCAGACAUUUGUGCCAUGAUACGUCUAAAGCAAAACAAAUACCCGGUAGUAUUUUUGACACAAGGUGUCACCUCGAAGUAUCCGACUUACCACGACCCAAGGUGUCAAACAGUACCGAUGGCUGUUAGACACGCGUUGGCAGCUGACAUCUUAGGCAUUAAUGUUCAUACCGAAGAUAUCCUCAGAGAUCCGUCGCAAGUUAAAUACGUUAAGGACGCAGGAUUAAUUAUCUUCUGUUGGGGAGAUGACAAUAACGAUAAAGAUACGAUUCAACAUUUGAAGAAGCUUGGUCUACAUGCAGUUAUUUACGAUAAAAUUGACGAGUACAAUGCGAAAGAAGUUAAGGAAAGCAUAUUCCUAGUUGACGCGAGAGAAAAUCAAAAGGCACUAAUCGCUUUGGCUCAGUGUAACCAGAGCUGUACACCACAGCCUCAAAUUACUAAUACGUUAAAUAAGGAAACUGACUACUAUAUGGACAUCGACAACUCGCGAAACAUGAUUACUGCAUCAUCAACCACAUCCUCGCUUGCGUCUUUUGAUAAGAACAAUAUCGGCAACGAGAAUAUUUAUUCCAUGUCGACCGUCAAAUUACAAACUGGAUGCGAACAUCAGGAAAGUGAAGACAUUAGUGAAAUGACAAAAGAUUUUAGUGUUUGCGCGAAAUCGUUUGGUCACGCAGUAAAACCUAAAAGUAUCUCAGAUUUCGUUUGCGGGCAGACGACUACGGAGAUCUAUGGAGAGGACGAGUCUACGAAGGACUGCCUCUGAUGUUUCUCCUUCAAAAACCCUUUCAUGCUGUGUUUUGACCCAGAAGACGUUGUUUAGAAAAGGACCUACCACAGACAGAGAGACAAGAGAAAGUCGCAGGAAAAUUUUUGUAAUUCUAUAAUUUGCUAUAAUGGACAUCUAUAAGGGAGUUAAACAAUUCAAGUUUCCCCUAAGAGUCCUAGGAUCCAAGAAAAGCAGAAUCGCAUUAACGGCCAUUACACAGAGUGUACUCAUACAUCGAUACACAAGGAAGACGACCGAUCGUCUUUUCAAUGUCAUUUAUCAUUCCUUCGUUCAGUCGGCUUAAUUGUUCAUUUUAUAUAUUGUGUCUUACUUCUAACUCUAUAUGAUGGCCUUUUUUUUUUAACGCUGAUCAAAACCGAUGUUAGCUGUAAAGAAAAAAGAUUUCGACUCUCAUAUAUUCUACCUGUGGCAGAUAAUUACGGGAGUCACGCGUUUUUAGUACAAAUAUCCUCAAUAUUUUCAUUAGGUCAUAAAAAGAAGUCACUCCUCUCAUAUUCCUUCAGUUAAUUAACCAUUAAUUUAAAUAAAUACGAAUUGACAGAAAUAUUAAUAAAUAGAUUGUCAGGAGAAUAGUUCUUUUCUUA